UAAUACUCAAUUAAUUGUUAAAGGUCAAUCGGUGAUUUUCGACUGUUAUAUUUCAGCAAAAAAAUGUCUGGAAAAAAGCAAAACGGCGGUCCAGUUCCGCAUAAACCACCCACUAAACAACACGAGAUUCGUGAAACAGACAUCAACCAAAAUGACCGGAUCGCAGUUAUGGAGAUAAUUAAAUACUUCAAACAAGAAAGACAUCAAAUCAUGGCGAUGCUGAAGGAAAGUAGAGAACAUUUUGAAACUCUGGAAAUGAACAAACGUGCGAUUCAUUCAGAGAUGGAUGCAGUUCGCCAGGAUAUCAACAAACAUCUAGAUACAUUGGAAGCCAAGCUUCGUAGAAAUCUAGAUGAAAUUCAUAAAGAGGCUGCGAAAGAAUGUCAGUAUCGAAUCGCAGAGUUAGAGGCCCGCCAAAGUGCAAUUCAGGAGUACCAGCGGAGGCUAGAAAACGUCAUCAAGUUCUGGUCUCGAAGACGAGAUUCCGAUCUAAGUGCCAUACACGCUUUUUAUGAAAAGAUAAUUCAACAUAGAUUAGACACGACCAACAAGUGCUACGAGUAUGAAUUUCAGAUCAAUGAUAAACUGGAUAAUUUGAAAUCACUGAUUAAGCAGUUUGGAAGCGUUCGAUUAAAUUGUUACGUCAACUCUUUUGACGAUUCCGGUGUACGCGACAUCCAGAGUUCUCAAUUCGACCAAAGUUUGGAAGACUGUACCGCGGUGGUGUCGAAUUCCUUUUCUAUAUGUGAGGACCAUAGUUCUAAUAUUGGAGGAUGUACAUACCUCUACAACGGACUUCUGAUGAUCGGAAAUCGGCUAACAAAUUCCUUACAACAGUACGAUCCAAGUGGUACUUUGACUGCGGAGAUGCCGUUACAAGGAAAGCCAUGGGACGUGUGCCUCGUCAAUCCCUUCACAGUGGGCGUGUCCCUUCCCUACAACAAACCAUGGAACAUGUCUUACGUAUCUACAAUAGCCAUUGUCGACACAAUUCAUAUGAAAACAGUCAAAGAAAUCUCAGUACACUCGAAGAUCCACGGCCUGGCCUAUGGGGAGGAGAAAUUCUAUGUGGCCUGUGUCACGGAAGUCAAAAUACUCAACUUGAGGGGAGAAUCUGUUCACGUGGUCAGGGUGCCUAACGCCUGCAUCCGACAGGUCUGUACAAGUAAAGGCAGGCUACUCUUCUCCGACUGGAAUCACAAUUCAGUACAGUGCUUUGGACGAGAUGGCAUAGAAAUGUUCAACUACAGUCACCCCCUAAUGAAAGGACCAGUAGGAAUCUCCGUUGACUAUGAAGACAAUAUCUACGUCACUAGCUUCAUCUCCAACAAUGUUCAUCAGCUGACCCCAGAUGGACAACUGAACCGAAUACUGCUUAAUAAGGACGACGGCAUCAAGGAGCCCAGGGCCAUCUGUCUUCAGAAGUACACCAACAGAUUUGUACUGUGUGACAGUGCUGGAGUUAAACUAUGUCAACUACAACCAACUUCAACAUAGCAGACACUGCUGGAGUUAAACUAUGCCGGCUUCAAAAUAGCAGACGGUGUUCUGUAUGACAGUGCUGAAUUAAACUAUGCCAACUAUGACCAAAUUCAACAAAGCAGUUGAUAUUUUAUGAGACAGUCCUGAAGUUAAACUAUGCCGACUUCAAAAUAGCAGACGGUGUUCUGUAUGGAGUUAAACUAUAUGCCUACUUGACCAAC